AUGUGUGUUAAAAAGCUGCUCAAGAAAUUGGUGAUGAACGACCAUGUUUUUGCGAUAGUAAGACUGAAGGAAGAAGAAGAGCAAAGCCGGGUGACCGCCACGGAGGGUCAGAUAAACGAUGAUAAAACUGAAAGUGUUGAAACAGCGGACCACACGGAAAAGUCGGAGUGUGAGGACGACGACGACGACGAAGAAAAGGAACAGCUGCAACCAAAGCUAACGCGUCUCAAGGCAAGGCAACUAAAUCGAAAGCUACUUCCAGUGGCGCCUCUGAAUGCACCACCCCCCGAUGUGGCCGCCCUGAUUCGCGAAGAUCUCAAUUCGGACGACGACGACGAUGAGUACAGACCGGGGGAAGACGAUGUCGUAUCGGACGAUGAUAUCAACACAACCUUUUCGGACGCGGAUUCACAACCACGCACUCCCGCUACGGUAGUCGCCGGAGCGGUCAACGAUCCGGAAAUGGAACAGCAGUGCACCAUGGAUGGGCCAUUUAAGGUACCAAAGCCACGCGGCGACAGCCAGUCACAGUCGGAACAGGAACAGGAAAACAUUGCCUUGCGUACACGCUCCAAGUUCUGUCUGACCACGACAGCGAUUGAGACGUUGGAGUCCACGUUCAUGCCACCGGAUAUAACGACCGACAUGUACGACCAUGGCUGUGAUAUGGACCAAGAGUGGAGAGUAUUCUUGGAAGAAUUUACCAAACCGUUACCCAACGAUUUAGAAGACGACGACGACAACGACAACGAUCCGGAGUACGUGGCAGCUGAAAAAAUACCUUGUAAGUUGGAUGCUGAAGAGAUGCGUCAAGUAAAGGUCUCGAAAAAGGAACUAAACGAACUGGUGAACGAGUUGGUGGAUUAUGUUGAUAACACCCAUGAAAAGCGUUAUUUUUUCCGGGAAAAACUUGUACCAGUUAGCAUGAAGAUCACCGAAGACCAGAUAGGGUUAACGGACUUUCAGCUGCAGCUAUUGCAUCAGCAGCUUCGUAUACACGUACAGCUAACGGCGACACACUUUCUACAAACCUAUGGACACCCGCAAAUGUGGAAGCUGGCCAACACCUUCAAAGGCAUGCUGAAUGAGCUGCAAGACAUUGGGACACAGAAACCGAACAUGAUGCCUUGGAAUCUCCCUAUGGCUGUCGAGUGCUGCCAGAGCUGGGAAGAUGAGCUGACGAUCGACGAUUCUAGCAACAAAGAAUUAAUCGAGUUCUGGCAAACCGAGAUACGUAAUCGUGAUUUAAGCAAAUCACCUGACUUCCAUUGGCGGGUGAUGGAAAAGAUAGUGAACUGUAAAGCUUUCUUGUAUUCGGCAUAUUUACCUUAUAAACCGUUUCGUCCAGAUUUAAAGCCGUUCAACUGUUUGACAAGAAUGGAAGAAUGGAAAAAGCCCAAAAGCGUUGCUCAACCAGCGCCCGCCAACCAGGUGCCAGUGAACAGCGAGCCUGCUGCGACUGAUGUACAGUUUAAAAUCAGUGUCCUUCUUCCGGGCGAUGUGGCAACCGCGUUUAAUGUCGACGAAGUGUCCUAUACAAUCCCGGUGAUCGAAGAAAGUGCUGAUAGUAGUGUUGUGUCGCCCGAGAUUGUGCUGAAUACUGGUAUAGAGAAUGUGAUGCGUAAUGAAGGAGCGACGGCGACGUUUUCCACCCAACCACCACCAGAACCGUGUGAGCCAACAAAUUUCGCCUAUUUAACUGAAUACAACGAGACGGAGUGCAGUGAUUACUCAGAGUUCAUAAGCGACGUGCCGGUGGGUUCCUCAGACGAGAGUUUAGACACUGUGCUUACAUCAACAACAAUCCAGCCCCGGCAUCGGCCAGUCAACUCCGUGCUCAACAACAUUCAAAGGAACGUGUCACGGUCGCGCACCGUUGCGAAUGCGAUACUUUACAGUGUUCUGAAUCGGUACGUGCACCAAUUGAAGUGUGAAUGCACUGCCAGUUCCCUGUCGAACGCAUCCGGGCCGAUUCGACAGGUACACACGCAUUUCUGGCUGUUGGAAGUUUACAGCAGGUUUUUAGAUGAUUUACGAAAAAUGAGUGACAGCCUGGCCGCAUAUCGGCACCGGUACAGAGCGCUGCGGCAGUUUCGCACCACCCAGCAGGAUGUGAGUGCUCGGCGUGUGACACGUCCCGUCCCGGGCUACUGUAGUAUGGAUGAAAAGGAUGCCACUUUCGCGUUCAACUACUUCGAAAAGGUCGAAGAAACGUUACUAGCGGCCGGCCGGUUAGAUUUAUUCGAACGGUUUGAAGAACUGAUUAAAAAUUUCAAUGAAAACGAGGACCGACCGACGUUGCUGUAUCGGCAGAUCGAGGACCUGCUCAGCGCCGGCUACCCCGAACUGGUCGAUAUGUUUCUAACCUUUCUUCUGCCGGCCCAGGCUGUUGAGGUGGGAAGAUUCAUGGAGCACUUUAUCCUCACAAACAUGAGCGAUUUCCUGGAGAAACUGAACCUCUUUUUUGCCAAACAACCGUCGCAGGUUAAAAAAAUAUACGCCUGCCUAAACGAGCUUUCCAAUGAGCCGAACGUCACGAUGGAGCAGGUAAAACUACGGAUCUUACCCCUGCUGAAAGGCAGCACGCUGCUGAGUGAGUGGUUUUUGCAGCUCUUCCCCACGGAACCACCACCGGAAGUUCCUCUGUGUGACUACGAAACUAUUACGAUGAAAAAGAAUCCCUUGAUGGAAAACUGUGAUGAUGGCGUGGUGUACGAGCAGGUACCGUAUGUGGAAACGGGUCCAGAGGGGCACGAACAGUCUGGGGGACCGAACAGUAUACGGUACAUUCAAGGAAGAAUCAUUCAGGGAGCCCUUCCAGUUCGGCUAUCGUUUCUGGCGAGUAACUGUGUGGCAGCAGUACGGCCGAAAGACGGGGAAGGCAGCACGGAGCCCAAGCUGUGCGAUGACGCAACGUUACGGGCCCAUGCCAUUCGCUUGAAUCCGGCAUUGCACUCGGCGAAGGUUAGUUCUUUCUGUUCCGGUGUGGUUCACGCCCCGGCGGAGGACAGCACGGAGGCGAACGGAACCUGGCCCCAGCACCGUGAUGUACCCAGCUAUAGCUUCGAGGACGACCCGCGAGGCGAUAAUUCCCCGCAAAAAGCAUCACCAAAGCAGCUACCAAUAAAGAAGCGGUUUGUUUCUCCGAACCCGCGUCCAAGUGGCAGCAGCGAGAAAACGUCACCUUCAGCAGCACAAUCAAAGAAACUAGUUAACAGUUCCGUAGCACCCGACUCUAGGGCACUGGCGACGGGGAAGAAAUUGAAAACGCUCAUCGGUGUCCCACAGCCUUUGGCAGAGAAGAUGCAUACCGGGGAAGAUGCGGUAAAGAUCAAGGUGCACCCAUACGAUGGCCAACCGCCGGGUAGUAGUGCUGCAAAUCCACCGGUUGGCCGAGAGCUAGCAGCGGUCAGCGUGAACGGAAACGAUCGGUUUCACCAGCAACCGCACGUUUUCGACUCCGCAGUACCGAGCAAACCAGUACCUGACGUCACAAGAUGGACACGGGAGGAAGAUAAAAUUAUACUAGAAGAAAUGAAAAAUGGAUACUCAUCAGUUGCACCGUUGGUUGAGCGAAUCAAGCACAAGCUGGUAGAGCGGACGAAUGAGCAGAUUAGAAAUCGGUUCGAAUUUUUACUAGAAGUGUUACGAAAGGUCAAUCAAAGGUGAGCCACGCAGUUGUGGUUGGUCGAGUUGGUCGUUCGGACAAAAGUAAUGUUAUGACAAAUAAAGUAUUGGAGAAACAAUGUCUGGUAGAAAGCUGUCUGGG